AUGCGCUGGAUGAGCACCACACCAAGUCCCAAGAUCCCCGGGGAGGCUUCCUUCUUGCGAUACAUUCGCCAUGUGUUUGAUGGAGACAUGCUGGACAAACAGCUGUACUUCAGCCUGACCCGGCGACGGCGAUUCAAGCGACUCGAUCUCCACAGCAAGCGCACCGUCCACGAGAUCUGCAAGCGAGUCAUCGACCAGGCACCAAGGGAGACCGAAGUGGUGAUUGCCUUUGGGAAUGCAUCCUGGAAACAAGGGAAGGGAUACGCAUCCAGUCCCAGGAGACUCAGGUUCGCCAAGUACUUUGAGCAGUUCAUACACCACCAGAGACGACCACCAGACCGAUCCGUCUCCAAGAUCCGUGUGCUCACAUUGCCGGGAAUUCAAGCGACUUGA